UUAGAAGUAGUGGUAGAAGUAACAGCAGAAGCAGCAACAGAAGUAGUUGAAGUGAUAGCAAAAGCAGCAAUAGCAGAAGUAUUAGAAGCAGCAACAGCAAAAGCAUCAGAAGCAGCAAUAGCAAAAGCAUCAAAAGCAGCAAUGGCAAAAGCAUCAGAAGCAGCAAUGACAGAAGCAUCAGAAGUAAUAAUGUCAGAAGCAUUAGAAGCAGCAACAUCAGAAGUAUCAGAAGCAGCAUAG